AUGACUAAAGCCAUAACUGUAUAUGGGUAUUGCACUGUGGAUGAGAUCGAGCUAAUUGAGGAGGAUCACAUAAGCAAUCUACCGGACGAGGUCUUGAGCUACAUUAUAUCAUUGUUGACAUUGAGAGAAGCAGUGCGAACUAGCACUUUAUCAAGAAGGUGGAAGUAUCUUUGGAGAACAUCAGUUUCCAAUCUUGAUUUUGAUGCUGACAACAUGCUUGAAUUGGGAGCUAGAACCCCUCAACAAUACAUCAAGCUUGUCAAGAAAGAACAUCCAAAUUCAUAUGAGUGGUUGAUCAAACCUUGGAGCUUCUUUAGGAUUUUAAGGUUCAAAGGUUUAGGAUUUGUUCUCACUGGGAUAACAAGUAUGCCAGUAAUCUUUACAAAUGGAUCAAGUUUGCAAUUGGCAAAAUGCAACUGUAUAGUGUAUCUAAGGAUCUCCAGUCCAUCCCUGAGACUCAAGUACCUUGGAGUAAAUGAUCUUUCUCAGUUGGUUGAAAUCAAGUUAUGUGCUUCAAGUCUUGUCACAUUUGAGUUCACAGGGUACAUGCUUUAUUUUGAGCCACUGUUUCCAUUAGAAAACUUACCAACUUACAGUAAGCUCACUCAAUUAGUAUUGGUUGCUACAGCACCAGAAAAACAUUUUUUCAUUUGGAUUACUACCCUUAUGAAGGUUUCACCUUUCUUGAAAAAACUCCAACUCCAUCUAUCUCACUUAAAAGAUGAAUCUGAAACACAAGAAAUUAUUAGGCCUUCUAAUUUCCCUCAUAUCAACCUCAAGUUUGUUGAGGUAAAUGGGUUUGUUGGUUACAAAGAACAGAUUGACAUAGUAACUUACAUUCUUAAGAAUGCUAUUGCACUUGAGUCUCUGUUGAUCGACACUCAUCCUAGAUUUUAUCUUGGAGAUGGCAAAUGGAAGACCCAUGAUCACAAAUGCUUGGUAUCUACCAGGGAAAGUAAGCAGAUAUAUAAGUUGCUUCUUCAAGAAUCUCGGCUUGCAGAUGUUCGGCUAACAAUUCUGUAAAUCUUAUUAAUCAUUUUUUUUGUAACCAUACAAGUUAGCAAGUAUUGUAAAAAAUCCAACUUCAAAAUUGACUCAAAUAGGUGCACAUGUUUUGGCUUGGAGGAGAAUUAGUUAAAAGGUUCUUGGAAUUGUAAUUAUUGAUUGGAAAUUCUAUUUUCUCUUU